AUGAGAAUGGAUUAUCAUAAUAGAGGCACCCAUUUUAUGAGUAUAAAACAACACAUUUGUUUUAUUAACAAGAAAAACAAUGGUUGUGGAAAAAGAAGUUGUGGGCAUGUGAGCAAAGCCACCUUGGGUUGCGAUGAUAACUCAACAAACGCUGACAAUGGGGAAGAAAGUGAGGGAGCCAAAACUGGCAAUCACAGCUGCACAAGUAACGAUGUGAGUGUGUACCACCCGACUGACGUGAGUUGGAGCGACGGCUGCAGUAGCAGUGGUAGUACAAUAACCCUCCGCAGUUAUACCAACCGAGGGGGUACUCAUAUGGGGAAGCUUAAAAUUCACACAAGUGAAAGCCAUUCGAGGAAUAAACCCAGCAGAAAUAGAAUCAAAAGUGAGUUAAAGAAUGGGAUAAAGGGUGCUGGACGGAAUAGACGCAAGAGUACCCCCCUUUCAUUCAAACGGAAUGUACCUCUCAGUGAAAAAAACCAUCCACGUAACCGUGUCAACAAUAAUGAUAUAAAACAGAAUAGCAGUUGGUGCACACCAAAUGGAGUUCCCCGUGUGGAACAAAGCAAUAUGAAUGAAAAGGUUAAUUAUUCCCUGUGUGCACAUGGGGAAGGAGAUAAGAGGUUAACGAACGGUGAAAAUAUUCCCACGUCAAUUGUUACCCCCGCAAGUUGUGUCCACGGGGCAGAUUUAAAUCCGUUCCUGGAUGAACAUGCUAGUCACUUAUUGAGCGAAGCUAACAGAAGGUUAAUAAAUGAUGGAAAGAAUGACGAAUGUGAUGACUACAAUAUGGAUAGCUGUCAAAAUUACACAGAUGGAACAGAGGAUGUUGAUAAUUAUUUUUUCGAAAGCGGUACUGACUUGGAUCAGACAGACAGUUGUGAGCCUCCUGCGAGGACCUCACCUUGUAGUAGCGACAGUGUGAGUAGAGUGAGCAACGAGAGUAAUAUCACCAACGUCACAAACAUAAGUGCAAAUGUAAAACGGAAGGACAUAAAUGGCAUCCCCGUUUGGUUAAGAAGCAUUGAUCCCGUGAUGGGCAUCACGACCAUCCCUCCUGCAUGCAUAGACCACAUUGAACUGCCAACCGUUGAUGCAUCCUCAGUUGAGAAAACCAGGCUGCAGAUAAGUAACUGGAACAACAGCAGCUGCAGGAAGAAGCAAGACCACAGCGGGGGCAAAGGGGGGGGUACGAACAAAGCAGCAGAUGGGAACAACAAAGAGGUUAACAAUUAUAGAGGAAAUUCCAACGCCAAUAAUAACAACAACAGUAACAACAAUAACAAUAGCAGUAAUGGUAAUGGCAGCAGUGGCGGAAACCGAAGCGGGAACAAUAAUCGGGAUAGCGGAAAGGAUGAUGAUAAGGAUGGCCAUAGGGAUGGUCGAAGAGAUGGGCGAAAGGACGGUCAUAAGGAUGACGACAACGAAAGCAAUAAGGAGGAUGAGGAAAAGGACAGUAAAGAUAUGAACAAAAAUAACAGAGGAGGAAAUGCAAAAAAUAACAGCACAGAUAGAAGAAAUGACGGCAACACGAAGGAUAACAAUAUUGGCAGAGGGGACAAGAAGAAGAAGAAUGUGAAGGAUCCCACGAUGAGUAAAAGCAAUAACGGGAAAAACAGCACAAACAGUGCAAAUCAUAAUGUGACCAGUAAUACGAAUAGUAGCACUGCUUAUCCAGGUGCAGGUGUGGAGAGCCAUCAGAAUAAUGCCCUCUCAUAUGCAAACGUUAUUUCCGGAAAGUCGAAAAACAGAACGAAAUGCAACACCGCUUCGUCUGUAGGAAGAAUGAAUGAGUUACCCAAUAAUGUGAAUAGCAAAAUGUUCCCAAGUUCUGCUAAUCCUUUCGAUAAUAAUGACAGCUUUAUGAGCAUCGAUGACGGCAUGAACAGUUGCAGCACGAGCAACAUGGAUAUGAGGAUGUUUAGCCAAGUGAAUGGAAUGGGCAUGUCCGGCGGAUUGAACGGACCGAACGGACCGAUCGGCCUAAACGGUAUGUACACCUUAAAUGGGAUGAGUGGUGGCCUGAACGGAAUGGGAAACCCAAACGACAUGGGCAACUUCCCCGACUUGCAUAACAACCAGGGGGCGUUCUUCAACCUGAACAACAACGAAUUCCUUCACAUGUGCAACAACAAUUUCAAUAUGGCUAAUGGAGGAAACAUGGACGAUAACAACCCCAAGUACCUACACGUGGAAAAUAGCCUGGAGAGCACAAAUGGAAUAAACACCAACACAGGCAGUAACGCCCUCUACAACCCGAGUAAUAACAGCGUGUAUGAAGGGAACUACAACAUGCAGACUAUGAGACCAGGGCCCGGCACCUCCCACAUGGACGUAGGAAAUAUGAAAGAGCACUACAUAAAUUACGGAAACAAUGGCAUGAUGCAAAAUAGUGCAGACCUUUUCUACAAUGAACAUAAGGAAAAAAUGUAUCUACAUAUGACUAGCAAUUUGAACGUCACUCCAAGUGGGAACAAAUUUCAUGAAGAGAAAAAAAAUAACGGCUACUUUUUAAAUAGGAGUUUGCCAGAUAAAUAUGAAGAAGAUAAGAUGGUGCAGAAUGGCUACCUCAAAAUUAAUGUGAACGAAAUGAGUAAAAACGAAAAUGAUAAUUUCAACCACAUGGUUAAGAACGAGUGGAUGCAUUACAACAAGGAGGACCUAAAAAUGGAUACAGAGAGCAACAAAAUGGACGCACCGAUGAAGGAAAACCUACCAAAUGACAAACAAAUGAACGAAAAUCUGGAAGAUAGUCUAAACUAUAAUGAAGCCAACACGUUGAACUUGCUAAACAUUGCUUUUAAUGAAAUUUACCAAAAUAAAAAAUAUCUGAUUGAAGAAAUUAUUACCAAGAAAUUCAUGUGUAAGCUAGCUAAAAUUUUAAAGGAUAUUAAUCCGGAGAGUAUUAAAAUUAAGGGCAGACAGUUGAAGCGGUUGAUACAGAUUAAGAAGGCGUCCUUGAAGGGGGAAAGGAAUACCGCCUCCCCGUAUGACAACGCAAACAAUGCUGAUGACAACACUCAGGGGAAUGCCGACGGGGCUUCCGAUAAAGGGGCCAAGUUGGAAGAUGACCCCAUUGGGCAGCACGAGACCCAGGAAAAGGGUGCGUCCAUCAAUGGUGGCACAGAAAAAAGGAAGAGCAACAGUGGCAACAGUGGAGGUGAUUUGGGCGAAGUGAGCCAAGUCAACGAUGUGAACGAGGUUACCGAACCGAAGAAGGAGGCAGAGCCCAAGAAGAAAAAAAAGAAUAAGAAAAAUAACGACAAGUGUGAAAAAGGCGUCAGCCCAAACGAAUCCCACUCGAACGAUGCGAAUAAUGCAUGUAAUGCGAAUGAUAAGAGCGAUCCGAAGAAUAAAAAAGAGGGCCAGGAUAAAACGGCAGAAGGCAAUCCUAAAUCGGAAGGCGAAUUUAAAGGUCAAAAUAAGGGCUCUGACCAGCCCCCCGUGCAGGAGGAUAAGAGUGGCAAGAAGAGUAAAGAAGACCCAGCGGAAGAAACUGGAAACACGAAUAAGAAGAAAAAAAACGACUCGAAGGAUAAUGCUCAUCAGAGCAGCGAAAAUAAAAUCGACGGGGGUGCCAUAAACGAACUGGAUCAAGACAACCGCGACAGUGGAGAUGCAACGGAUCAGAGGAAAAAUGAAUCUUCCAAUUGUGAGUAUAAUGAGGAGGGCGCAAAUCUGAGCGGAUUUGGCAAAACGAGUAAUGACAACCCAGAGGAGGAAAAUGCCUGUGUGAGCGAAAGCACGGAUAUGGAAUAUUACGCCGAUACAAGUGAUGAAGACGAAAACGACGAUAGCAAGUACAUCACCGGAAUUAACGACCGAUAUGAGGAAAAGAAAAUUGAGGAAGACGUAAUCAUAAGAAGAGACGUCUUCUUCUUCAACUUGUUAAAAUUUAUUAUAAAAAAAAAAACAUCAGAAGAUAUGCUCAUAUAUUUACACCUACUCAGUGCCAUAAAAAUGGAGAAAAUAUUUGACCACAUUACUCAUCUGUCAUGUGAGAUUUUUAACACGUUAUUAAAUUUUAUCGAAAUUACGAAGGAUUCCUCCACGUAUAGGUUGUUGUUAAAAAAUUUAGGGGCCUGGAUAGGAAUAAUAACAAUAGGCAGAAACAAACCACUCAUGUCAAAACAUAUGAACAUUAAGCAGUUGAUUUUGUACUCUUACGAUAAUGGCUACCUGAUAGUCACUUUUCCAGCUGUUUGUAAAAUUUUAGAAAGUAUAAAAAAUUCUAAGAUUUUUAAGCCGCCCAAUCCAUGGACCGUUGGCAUUUUAAAUCUACUUGGUGAAUUACACGAAGCGCAAUCCUUGAAGACCAUUCUAAUUUUCGAAAUAGAAUUGCUCUUUAAUUAUUUUAAAAUUAAUGUGUUUGAUUAUUACAACAAGUGCAAUAUUAUCAAGUGUCGUAAUUUGCCCAUAAAUACCAAUGACCUAUAUGUUAGAAAUAGCUUCAGCGAGAAUAGCACCAUGGGUGUGAAUUAUUUGGGUGAAAGUAGUAGCCACUCCGGGGGAUACCUAACCCCAAUGCAAGCCCAUAUGUUUAACAAGUCCUACAAUACGUGUGGUAAUUUUUACGCAGAAAAUUUCGCACAUCAAAAUGGUGCAAAUGGUAGUGGUAAUGAUGGAAUGGUGAGAAGUAGUGAGAGGGGUAGUAGGCCACUGGAGGGAGUUACAACCGAUGGAGCAGAUAUAUUCGUUCUUGGUAAGGACCCCCGAUUCAGUGCUAUGAAUAAUUAUAAUAACACGUCCUCCAUCGUGACCAAUAUCACUAACAAUAACAACGCGAAUGAGUUUGUAAGCCACAGAAAUGGCAGCUCAAAUUUGUUAAUUAAAAGUAGAAAGGGAGAUGAUCCGAUGGAGGUGGGUAACGCUAUGGAAGCCUCUUCCAUCAUGGACGCCACCAACAUGAGUAACAACAAUAGUAACGGUAACAACCCCGGAAUGAUGAACAGCUUGGGCGUCCUCACUAACGGAAGUAAAAAUGACACCGCCAACAUGCCAUUCAACUCGACAGUAGAUAUGAUGCUCCUAAGCAACAGAGGAUCCGGUAGCGGAAAUAGAAGCAGAUUUAUGAGCUCCAAUUUGACCCAACCUUUGCCCUCCAGAGGGUUCCAAAAAGGAGCAGAAAAUGGAUUCAUAAUGACCAAAAAUAACAUGAAUAACGAAAUGAUAGGAAAGAAUAAUAAUGCGAUGAAAAAAUUAUCCUCCAGUAGCAACACCAAGGAAAGUCAAUCCAUGUCAGUUUUUAACUAUAUGAGUGGUGGUGGUGGUGAUCCUAGCAAGUUUAACACUCCUAUGUAUGUAGGGGAGAAUGGCGCCCCAUGUGGUGGAAAUAGGAGCGGCGAUUUUCCUCUCCUUAAUAGCGAUGGUUUAGCAGCGAAAGGCAACGGAGGCAGCAUCAAUGAGGAGGCACUACUGAAGGAUUUAAAAGUUUCCACUAAGAAGGACAAAAUGAGUGACGCAGAGUUUAAGGACAACUCGUACAAAGUGGCAAACUAUCUCAUGGGUAAAAAUAAGCUCCCCGUAGGUAGCAAAAAUGAUGGACCAUACAGAAGCGUAGAUUUGAAAAGCUCGAAAAUGCCAUCGAAAAAUGAAAUUUAUGAAAAUUCCAAGAGGGAUUGCUACGUGUCAUCGCCAUCGAGUACCUUGAACCUGAAGAACAGUUUUGGGGAACCACCAUCUGGUGUGAAGAAUGGUGGAGGUAUUCCUGCGCCCCCGCUUCCGAUCCCCUUGUUGGACAAGUUCAAGGCGAGCGAGCAGGUCGGUAUGAGCACAGUCAGCGGUGUUGGCAUGUCCAAGGGCAGAGACGGAAGUAAUGGAAAGGCCAGCAUGCUAAGCAUGGGCAACACUGGAAGUACUGACGGGGGAAACAAAAACGGAACACCAUCUCCAUAUGGCGUAACGAAUGACGUGAACCAAAAAAUGCAGAGCUCACCAAUGUACCAAGAAAACGUGAAUAACAACAAAUUUAACGAAAUGCUAAACGAAGAAAUAAUAAGCAUCUUGAAAAAGAACCUAGUAAUAUCGACGAACAUCGUUGCUGCGAUUAAGUUAAGCCCAAAGUGUAGAACGCAAAUUUAUUAUGCCUUCGACUCAGCCAUCAAGGAAAUAAUCACCUCCGUUGUUGAUCGGUUUGUCCUCAUUGGGUGUAUAACUACGAGAGAAUUAGUGAAGAAAGAUUUUGUGAACGAAUCGAAAGAGACCAUUAUGCAUAAGGCGUCCCUACUAAUGGCAACGAGUAUUUCAUCCUCCCUUGUUCUAGUAUCCUGCAAAAAACCAUUAAGGAGCAUUUUAGUACAAAAUUUGAGAAACGUUUUUGGCCAAAAUUGCCCCCCAGAUACUAAUGGCACAAUUAUAGAAGAUGUCAUAAAAGCAUUAAUUAAUGAAAAUAUAAAUUUAAUAUAUUCCAUAAUAGAACAAGUAGCUAUCGAAAAAUCAUCCAUCGAAAUUGAGGAAAUUAUGAAGCCCAUUUAUGCUUCUAGAAAAUAUGCGCGUAUUCACAAAUUAAAUAUUAAGGAAAAUGCCAACAAUAAAUACUAUAACGCUUUGCCCAUGUUUUUGAAGGCGCAAAAUAUAACAUUGAAGCAUAUUCAGGUGUAUAAGAAUUUUAUGAAUUUGAAAAUUUUAUCCAAUCUGCAACAGAAGUUGUAUUCCCCUGGGGGAGUUGAUCAUGAGGGGGGCUCCAGUGAAGGUGAGAACGGUCCACCAGGGUAUGUAGGAAGUGGGAGGUAUCAAAAUGGCGGCCAUUACCAACAUGGUGGCGCAAACUACCAAAGUUAUCAAAAUAGGGAGAACGGCGAAAACGUUCCCAAUGAUGCGACCGGGGAGAUGCCCUUGUAUCAGAACAAAAAGUAUAUUUCGAAUCCGCUAGAUGGAAGGAACGAAGAAAUGGCCAGAUAUCCAAAGGAGCAGGAUGGAGAGUAUGGUAAGAACGGCCCACUCAAGAACAACAGCAAGGAGGACGGAGACAAGGCGAAUAGAUACCCGGACGAGAAGUACUAUAACGAAAAAAGUGCAGACAAUGAGGAGAAUAACGAAAACAGCAUGAUUGGAGUGUCGCCCCAGAAGAGUGGAAAUGCAGCCAAGUACGCGCAGGGAAAGAAUAACGGCUCGAAGGAUAGUGCGAAUUUUCACCUAGGUAAUAACAUGAAUAACAACAUAAAUAAUGUGAAUGAGCUAAAUGAGAUGAACGAGAUGAAUAAUAUUAUGAAUGUUCCUGCUGUUGGUAAUACCAAGGGUGUCAGUGGUGUUAAUAGCGUUAGUGGCGUCUGCGGUGUUAACAGUGCUAAUAGGGUUAAUUGGGCCAACGGCGCUAAUAGUGUUAGUACCGUUAACCAUAUUGACAAUUUUGACAAUGUUGAUAGUACUAAUAGUAUUAACGCGGUUGAGCAGGUUAACCAUAUUAACGGUGUUAACGUUGCGGACGGCACUAAUAGUAUUAACAGUACUGACAACGCCCGCGGUGCUAACAACACCUUUAACCCUAUGUAUGUAUUUAAAUCCCCAAAUAAUUAUAACUGCAAUAAUAAUGAUUAUAAUUUUAAUACAAAUAAUAGGUAUGUGAACGGUGAAAAAUAUGACAUCGAGGGUAUCUCGGGUAUAACUCUGGGGAAUAAUUACGUUGUGAAGAACUUCACCCAAAUGGAUAACGCAGCACAGUCGGGACAGAAUGACAACUACGAGGACAGAAGUGGCAGUUGUGUACUCUCACCCGGGGUUGCAUCUGCACCAGCGUAUGCAAUUCCACUAUCCCCCUUUGCAGCGUCAUCUCCUAACUUUGCUGUUUCUCCGCCUGUUCAUCCUGCUUCUUCGACCAUCUUUGCCGCUUCCUAUCCCAUCACUGCCACUUCUGCGCCAAGUUUUGUUACGCCAAAAAUUGCGCAUGAUGAUUACGCCUGUAGUAUGCCCGACGUAACUAGCAACCUGAACGGAAACACAAAUGCAAUGAGAAUUCCCCAUGAAGAAGAAGCCUUUAACGACUUUGCGAAGAAUGGUCACUACAUGGAAAACCUCAAUGGCGGUACCAUCAAGACGGACGUUAUGGGAAAUCUGAAAAAUGGAAAUUUCACGUAUAAUGGGAAGAACUCAGUUUUUUAUCCCCCCGAACAGGGCAACAAUGACAGUUACUCCAAAAUGGACCCAUCCAUGUGCAGGAAUGUGAUCGGCGCAGAGAAGAAGGGGACCCCCGCUGCUGCUGAUAACGAUGUUAGUGGUAACCAUGUUAGUGGUAAGGCCGGCCAGAACGGACAACGCAGAGAUGGCGCCAUCUUGUACUUGAAGAAAAUAAAAAACAUGAAUAUGUCGUUCAAGCAAAAGUUCCUCUUCUUCAUAUCGAGCAUAUUUCUAAAUGAAAGCACGAAGAAAAUGAGUGUAAAAGAAAUAAUCCCACUUUUCGAAGUUAUCAUGGUAAACAUUCAAGACUUUGUGAGGUAUAUAAAAGUCUUCCCCCCCAGCAUACCAUCAGUGCAUAACUUUAAAAACUACUGUAAUGUGAAGACGCCAUACUAUAAGUUCGAAAAAUUAACAAACGCAGUUACCCAGUCUCUAUUGGUACUAACUUACCUUUCGACUGAUCAUGAAAUAUUUGUUCUUUGCAAGUUACUUAUUUUGUUAUGCGAAUCUGCUGCGGAUAAGAAUGAGACUUACAAAAUUAUAGGCACGAAGCUAUUUAAGAUUAUUCAGGAGGCUAUAAAAAAAAUGGUUGUCCUUUUAGGCCAGGGAGAGCAGAAUGAAAGGGAGGACACCUCCAGUUUACUGGUCCAGGGUGAGAAGGAAAGCGAGAACAGUGCUAACAGUGUAAGUGACGAAAACUGCGGUGGUACUAUUAGCAGCAACCACGGUAAGGAGGACAUAUCUGCGCAUAGUAAGCCGUGGAAAAUCAACGAACUGUUCCUCCACCUGGAGGUACUCCUGUGCAUAUUAGAAAAAAUGUGCAGAAACAGCAAAGAAUUAAGGAAGCUAGUUACCUCCUACAUAGAAGACACCCAGACAUACAACGUAAACCACAUGGUCCCAUUCAUCCGUUACAACAUCAUUCAUCACAAGGAGUUAAAUAAAAUGUUGUGUAAAAUAUGCAGACAUAGUAACAACCUGCAUUUUGUUGCAUUUAGCACAGAGCUCAUCAACUAUGUAGUUAUUAAGAAGAAGUAUUUGCCUGUGGAUCAGGUUAAGAGGACCAUUAAAAAGCUAGCCAUGAUAAAUAAAAAGUUGUGUAGUGAUAAUCCACAUGGUUAUUUUGCUGCUACGGAAGAGGUCCUUCUGCAAAGCACAAAGAUGGAAUUGAAGCAAAUGUUUGAAGGGCUUAAGUGUUUGAAGAAGGAGGCCACAGAACCACAAGAAGAGGAAGAAUCCAUAAAAACGUUUAUCAAUCUGACGGAGUAUAUAUUCCCAACGAAGGGAGGCAGAGAGAAGGCACGAAAGGAGAAAAGUGCAGAUCGCACUUGCAAAGGUGUUGGAGAUGGGGAAGCGAAAGAAGAGGAGGAGGAAAUACAACGGUCGAAUGGUGAAGUGAAUGGGAAAUACACCAAAAAGGAGAGCAGUAACAACCCACCCAACGGUGGAAACACCUUUUUUAUAUCAAACGUAAGAAUUCAAUAUGAUCAUAAUAACGUAGAUGAGCGCACCAUGUAUUUGUUGGAAAGAUUGAACUUAGAAAAUAAAACCAUCAAUACGGAGAAAAUGAUCAGAAAGGAAAUUGUAAGCAACGAUUUGAACAAGGGAGACAACUGUAAGGAGAGGGAAAAUGGGAACCUGGAUGGGGAGGACACGAACAGCGAUAACAAGGAACAGCACAUCAACCAUCAUUCAGAAAAUGCAUCUGCUAUAAGUACAAAUCGUAGCAAUAUUAAAAGGGAGGAUGGAAACGUUAGGAACUUCGAUCAUAGUACAGAACAGGGCCCAAAUGAAGCCGAAGAGAAGAAACAUUCUACCUCCUCUUCAUUGUAUUCCUUUGAAUCGAACAACUCAGAAAUGUCAGAUUAUUCCUCGUCCUCCUCCAAUUCGUUUUCUCGAAGCAUGCUGGGCGAAGAUGAAGAGAAAAAAAAUGAUUACGAUGAUACAUCUUCAUGUAGCUCCUCUGUCGUCUCGUCCAUGUCGAGCGCAUCCGCCCUAAGCGCCUUGUCAGCUUCCUACCUUGCCAUGCAGUCAGAAUUACAGAAGGAUACAAAUUUGAACAUCCCCGAGGGGCAGAGGAACAGCCUAAUAAAUUACGUCCCCAGUGUUAAGGAAAGCAACGUGAAUGAAAAAAACCCAGAAAAGUUCAUGCAGUAUUACUACGUACGCGACUUGUUAUACGAACCAGUAAGGUGUAAAUUUUUGCCUGCCCCGCCUGUAGUGAAAGAAGAAAGGGGGUUAUUCAUUGCUUACCUAUUUGCGGAGUGGUACAUUUUGUAUAAGAAUUAUUUGAACAUUCUGAAGAUGAGCAUUUGGAACCCCAUGCUGGAGAUCAUCAAGCAGCAACACAUAUCAAAGUGUGCAAAAUAUUUCGUGAAACUGUGGACCAUUGGUUUUCUUUGCAUGGACCACGUUACUGAUCAGUUUCUUUCCCACACGAUUAGCAUUUCGGUUAGCAUAGCUGUGCAGAAUUUGAAAAAGGAGGCACACCAUAUGAAGCUGGGUGGCACCGUGAAUGAGGGCAGUGCAAGCAGCAGGGAGGAACAACCCGUAGAGGGAGACGUGCUACUCAAAGCGGAUGUAACGGAAGUGGGCCAAACGAGCGGGCAACAAUUACAUACGAAAGAAUCCCCCGAGGAGACGUUACAAAAGGGGGAACUUACCGGAAGUAAUGGCCAUGCCAACCGUAUAUCACCGAAUGAGGGGGAAAAGGAACCGACCAAUGAAAAUUUCGUGAAGGAUAAAACAAACGACGCUGAGUUAAGAGAAACGCACAAAACAAGCGACUUACUAAAUUACAGCUACGUGGAUGCCUGGUGCAAAAUGGUCGUAACGAUGAGCAAGCUAGUAGAACAAGAACAGUUCUCCCCAGUAAUUCUGCAGAGGGCCCUCCAUGUCAUAUGCAGAGUCAUACACAAAAAAUGCGAAACGGAAAGGAAGACAUUUAAUCAGAGACCCUACUUUAGGCUACUACACUGUUUGCUGGUCGAUAUUCACGAAAGUUGUGUGUAUGCAAAUGACAUGUAUAUUUAUAUGGACUGCUUUGCGAAUUGCUUUUCUUUGUUAUCCCCUUUGAGAAUCCCAUCAUUUUGUUUCUCAUGGUUGGAGCUUAUAUCAUCUAAAUAUUUUAUGCCGAAAAUGUUGGCCAAGAUUUGUGGUUGGGAAGCAUACAAAGGGUUGUUAGUUGCCUUGUUCAAAUUUAUGAAUUUUUUUUUAAAAAAGGUGAAGAUAUCGAAAGGGGUAGAAGCGUUAUACAUAGGAACAGUAAGAAUCCUCCUGGUGCUGCUACAUGAUUUCCCAGAUUUUUUAUCCUGCUAUUAUGUGACCUUUUGCAGUUUGUUUCCACUGAAUUGUAUUCAGUUACGAAACAUUGUUUUGUCCGCCUUUCCAAGAAACAUAAAAUUGCCUGACCCAUUCAUGCCAAAUGUAAAAAUUGACCUGCUAGAAGAAAUAAAGAUAGUUCCAAAAAUUUUGACAAAUAUCAUAUUCCCUCUCUUCAAAAGGAAGUUAAAAAACGUAAUUGAUGAGUAUUUUACUAAGCGGGAUUUUACUCUACUUUUGCAUAUUAAGGAGAAAUUAUUUUUCUCCAAAAGGAAGACGUACCAAUACUCCGUUAAGUAUGAUGUGGACGUUUUAAACUCCCUCAUUAUGUACGUAGGAACGAGCAUUUGUAAAGCCAAGGUGAAAAAUAUGUUCAGAUUUAACAGUAACUGCGACCCUGUGCUGUUACUGAAAUGUGAAGAUAGCAAUGGCAAUGUGUCUGAUGAUAAAAACGAGUUACUGCAAGAAAUUGUUCUGCGUGAUUAUGUGCAGAAAAAGAAAAAUAUUGUUUCAACGACGAAACGGAAUAAGGAACAAAAAAUAGAGAAAGACCAGUCAGAAACCAACUUGUCCAAAAAAUAUGUAGAACUUAUGAGGGAAAAUGAGGGGGAAAAUGAAGGAGAGGAACACCCUCGUAGCUACGAUGGCGAUAAUGACAGUGACCACCGCGGAGAUGUAUUACCCCAAAAGGGGAAGAAGCCAACCAACGUUAUUGUUGUAAAGAACAAUUUGGCCUACACUCUCUUCCUGUUCUUAUGCAAAGAGUUGGACAUGGAAGGGAGGUAUUUGCUCCUAUCAAAUAUCGUCAAUCAUAUUAGGUACCCCAAUUCGCACACCCACUAUUUUUCUUGCGUUAUUUUAUUUCUGUUUUCGCAUUCGAACGAUGUUGUCAUUCAAGAGCAGAUAAUUCGAGUGCUCCUGGAGCGCAUCCUUGCGCAUAGGCCUCACCCCUGGGGAUUGCUCAUAACCUUUAUCGAGUUGAUAAAAAAUGCCAAGUAA